AACUGCAUACAAAGUAUCUAAUCCUGUAUAUAAAAGAUUCCAAAAAUAUAAAAUAUUGAAAAAGAUUCAGAUACUGAACUAUAAUAUUUAUAAUGUUAUCAAUCACCUACCAUGGCAUCAUUUGUUCGUUAUCUUUCGUCUACUUUAGUGGUUCGUAGUUCAAAGAUUAAUAAUAGUCAGUUAAAACAGAUUUCGAUUGCUAAAUCUAAAGUGCGGAAGAAUAUACUACCUUUAGAAGAAUUUGUUUUUAGGUCUAGAGUAAAGCAAAUUUAUAGAGAUGUUUUAAGACUCAUAUACAAGUCUCAUGAAAAGAGAGAUUUAUUGGAGUUUACUAAGGCCGAGUUCAAUAUAAAUGCUAAUGAGACUGAUCUCAAUCAUAGAAAAUACUUGUUGCAUUUGGGUAUUAGAAGAAUAAAUGAAAUGGUUACGAUGUUAGGUAUUAAAACUCCAGAGUUCAAAUAGUGAAAAAAUGAAUUAUUGUGCAUUAUUUGGUCUAUGUAACAUUUAUUUGAGGUUUUGAAUGACUUUG